AUGGACUUGAACAGUCAUUUCGAUUCGGAUAUCGUUUUCCUGAAAUUGCCGCAUUUGUUUAAGCCGCUACAAGUGAUUUGUGCCAUUGUGUUGGCGAUUUGUGUCGGCUCGACAGGUGGCGGCGAAAAUGGAGUGAUUUGGUUUGUGGUCUUCGUCUCGCUGAUCAUUUCAGCGUUGGCCACCGCCCUCUUUGCCUUGAAGAUUCAGGAUUCGGUCAUUGAGAGCAUAUCAAAUGGAUCACUCACAUGGAGUGUUGUCGAAAUGGUCUACUCUUUUGUUCUCGCCGUACUAUCAGCAAUCAGCAUUUGGUUAUCGUUUGGGCUCGCUUCGAAAGUCAUUUUUGGGUCAUCAGCUGGCUAUAUAGCUGCAGGGCUCUUUUUCAUUGUGCAUGCCGUACUUUAUGCGGCUCCGUGUGUGAUGCUUUAUGAUGCGAUGCAAGCGAAUGGGAGAGCUGAAAGAAAUGAUGUACAGGUCGCUCAUCCAUUCAGCGAAAGCUCGUAUCAAUACGAUGUU